AUGGCGGAAGAUGCCAAAGGGAUUCAACACCCUCAUUCGGACCCCCUGGUCAUUGAAGUAACCAUGGGCAAAUUCGACGUCGAGAGAGUCUUGGUGGAUACUCGAAGCACUGUAAACGUUCUCUUCUGGCAGACGUUAGAGAAGAUGGGUAUCACAUCCAAGCAGGUGAAGCCCGAGACCCGAACGUUGGCUGGCUACGAUGGAAUCGCCAAAAUGUUGAUGGGCAAUGUAACGCUGCAAAUGCGUGCUCGAGGAGUGACCCGGAAAACUAAGUUUGUGGUCGUCGACACACCGUCGAUUUAUAACGCUAUUAUGGGAUCACCAUGGAUAUAUGCAAUGCAAGCCGUGCCGUCAACUUACCAUCUCUGCCUGAAAUUCCCAAGCUCAACAGGGAUUUGUACGUUGUAUGGUGAUCAGAGGAUGGCCCGAUCUUGCAAAGGAAAAACCAGGACGCAUAGCAAUUACAGAGCGGGGACCAUCCCGUCGGUCCCCAUAAGCCGGAGCGAGACCUUCUCAAGUCUCCGGAAUGUCGGAUAA